AUGGAUGACUAUCGACAUCAGAUGCAGCUACCUUGUGGCCGAUUGCUCGCUCGGGGGAGUGGUAGUUCAGCAGCUUCUCAACAUCUUGAUUUGUUUGACAAAGGCUUUGAAAUGGAGAAAGCACAUGAUGUUUCAAGCCCGGAAGCAGAUGCAGCUACAGCUGCUACUACUGCUGUACAAGAUCCAGGAGGUGGUGGGGAGGCGUUGCAGCAAGUGUUGAAUCCAGGCCUGGGGCCCGUGAAUGUGGAGUGGAUUAGUGGUUCAUGGAAGAAGGCUGGAUGGAACGCAGUGGGGCCUGCUGCGGCCGUGUUGCUGCUGGCAGUUUUCGUUGCAACAAGGAUAUUUGCUGCUCGCGGUCGAAAGUCCAAUUUUGACGAGCCGUCAAAGGCGGGAAGGGAGAAGAAACCGACCCAGGAGCCUUCACGAGAAGAAGAGCAACAACAGGAAGGUGAGGAAGGGCAAGAAGAAGGCAAAACUGAGAAAGAAGGGGAUCCGGAGAAACGUGAACGGGAAGAGGAAAAAGAAAGGGAAAUGGAAAAUGCGGGGGCAGAAAAAACGGAAGAGGAAAGAGAGACAGAAAGGAAGGAAGGGACAACGCAGGGCAAUGAAGGAAGAGAAAAUGAGGAAGGAACGAGGGAAAUACAACAAGACGGAGGAACGGAGUUUGGCGAUGCUCAAGUUGCGCUGUUACAGCGUAUACAACUCUGCAUUUCCCCUGCAACUUCUUUAGCUGCUUCUCUGAAUAAAACGGCAUCUUCUGUGUUGCUGGGGAAGCUGAAGAAGCAUUUAGCAACUGCGGUGGAGUACCAGUCGGCUGCAGUGGCCGGGGAACCUGAAGCGGUGGCUACGCUCGCUGCUGCGAACAAAGGAGCAGCAUUGACAAUUGCGGAUUUUCAGCUGAUGGCAAAGGAUGUUGUAUCUGAAGAUGCACGUGCAGCAGUUGCAUGCCCCGAAGCAGAAGAUAUAGCCAAUGCCGGUUAUGCAUCAACCUUCCAAAGACAUACGGGAGUGUCACAUUUUUUGGAGCUUGCAUGGUACCGAGCUGUGGGCGUCUGCAGCAAUAGCAUUCGUUUCCUCCGAAGCGACGGAGAAAGAAUUCGAGAAGAGAUGAAUAAUGUGUCUUCGCAGUCGAUGGGAAUGGUGUUGCCAUCGGCCGUGCAUCUAUCUGCUGCGCGGGUAGCGGUGGAAUCCAUCCGCCGUUGCGUAAAGGGGCAAGAAACAGCAAUAGAAGCAGCAAAACAGCUGCAGCAAGUUUCUCUCAAGCUAGUCAAGAACAAUCUACUAGUGGAGCUGGAAUUUCGAGCAACAGCUCUAGCAGCUCAAGAACACGCUGCUUCCUUGAUGCUGCAGGUUGCACACUGGUGGGGAAAGAUGCGAACAAUGCUACCUGAAGAAGCAGAGCUCUUGGGUAAGUGGGAUCAGGGCUAUAAGAGUGCACAAGAGGCGCUAAGCGCGGCUCAGCAGCAACUGCAGUUGUUGAAGGGUGAGACAAACGUGCCGGACACCAAGAGGACAGCGGACACAGCAAGGAUGGCAUGUGAGCGUGCAGCAACGCUUUUUCGGGAUAUGUUUAAUGGACUGCCCCAACUCUUGCCUAAGGAAGAGCACGUGAGCACCAUGAAACUUUGGAAGGCAGUGAGGCAUAUGAAGGAUAUUGUAUCUAUUGCGAGAAAGAUGUAUGGCUUGCCAACAGCGUUUAAAACCAUUGCUGAAGCAGGUGCAGCGACCGCGCAGCAAGUGCUGGAGGUGGGACACAAUGUACAGAUGCAACUGUCCGGGCUAAAGGAACUCCCGUGGGUACCUCAAUCGCUGUUGGAAAACGUUGAAAAGCGACUAAAAACUCUGCUGAUGGAGGCAAAGGUGAGGAGCCUGGCCGUCCAGGAGCAUGUGACUAAGUUGAAGGAAUCGCCUAUGGAUGACCCAUCAUUUGAUUUUCGAGAAAAAGAAAUAUCAGCACUCACGAAGCUCUGCAAGGCUGUGUGGGAGCUAAAUGCGGAAGUGGAAAUGCUGGGGUUGCUGAGGGGAGUGGUAGCAAAUGCUGAACAUACCAAAGAAACUGCAUUAGAUAUGAUAGCAGGUGACACAAUCCUGCAGUCUGCGGAGUCCCAACGCGCACGCGGACUCAAGGAACAGCUGGAGCAGGCAGUGACAACAGCAGGAGAAUCAGAAAACCUUUCGGAUGUUGUGCAAGCAGUCGGUGAGUAUGUUUCUGCUAGUGAGAAGCUGAUGCAGCUGGCGUGGAUGUCAAAAAUAACAAGUCUGCUCAAAGACGACCCAGAAGCAACGAAAGAGCUGCAAGCAACUAAGGCAGCCCAGGGGAAACUCCAAUCCGCCACAGCGGAGGUAGUGGCUCAAGACGGGAAGCUAGAACAAGAAAAGGUUCCAUUUCAAGCAACAGCCACAACGGCAAGCAACCAAGAAGAAGAUUUCGGUAGACGGACAGCAGCAGAAACGGAGCUAGAAGAAGGCCAACAGGAAGAGGGGCAUGAGGAAGGUGAGGAUAGCGAUGAUCAAACGGGCUAUGAAACGGCGCCAGAAACUGGAGCAGACGAAGAAAGCGAGAGUGAAGGCGAAUACAACGAUGCACUGGAAUUAUCAGGAAGUUCAUAA